UUCCAUGUGAGUGAUAAAAGGAAAAGAAAUCUACCAUUCUUUUCUCUCUCUCUCUUUUUUUUUAAAAAAAAAUAAAGGGAAAACACUGUUGUUUACAUAGUACUAUUUGCACACACAAAAAGCAUUUCGGUUGUCUUCAACAAAAAGAAGAUUUUUAUUCUAUUAUGUUAUCAACAAAAACAUUUCAUCGUCUGCCCAACAACAUAGCUGAGCGUGUGGUAGACACUCCUCCUAUGGAAUCUCUAAGUAAAAAGCCUAGUGCUUCCGAGACUACCUCAUGUGUCCUUUCUAUACCAGAAGCUUCAAAUGAAGUCAUCAAAGAUGGAGAACAAGAAGCAGCAAAACCCAGUCUCCAACUAGAUCUAAAGCUAACCACAAGUGAGUGUGACGAUAUGGGUGGGUUCAAUAAAGAACUCAACCUUAUUGAUUCCUUCAACACAGCAGGUUCAUCCGACAGUACAGCACCAGAACCAGAAACUCCUCAAGCUACAGAUGGUGAGCAACGAGUUUUCUCCUGCACCUAUUGCCAAAGGAAAUUCUACAGUUCACAAGCUCUUGGAGGCCACCAAAAUGCCCACAAAAGAGAGAGGACUUUGGUGAAAAGAGGGCAAAGGAUGGGAUGGGGAGGACCUCAAGCUACAGCUUUAGGCCAUCCUUACUUUUACCACAACCACCACUCUAGCUUGGCUUCUCUUCCGCUGCACGGCUCUUAUAAUAGAUCUCUGGGGAUUCAGGUGCAUUCAAUGAUCCAUAAACCUUCUUCUCAUAUUUCAUCAACUGGUUUCGGAAAUGCGUAUGGGCACCAUAGUUGGUCUAGGCCUCCUAUAGACCAACAACCGGCUAUAGGGAAAUUAUCAAUGGAGAACCACCAUGCAACAGGAGCAGGACCAUCGGGUCGAGCAAAUGUCGGUAAAUUUAGCAUAACGAGGAUGAUGAUGGGUUCUCCAGCUGAUGAAGUGACGAGUAAUUAUUGGUGGUCUGCUGGUGCUAGUAUGAAGCCUAAGAAGGAAGAGAUGCAAAAGGUUGAUCUAUCCCUCAAGCUCUAAUUCAGUAUUAUUUUUAAGAGAAUAUAUAUAUUUAUUUAUAUAUUCCAGUUAAGAUUUUAGUUUACUCGUAAUUUCUUUUGUAGCAAUUGUCAUGUAUAUUUUUAUAAUAGAGAAGUUUUUUUAGCUUUUUUUUUUC